AUGCCCGCCGAAACCACCACCCUGCAGCAGUUUGAGAGCAUCUACCCCAAGCUCGAGGCUGCCAUUCUCGAGCAUGCCAAGUCCUACAAGCUUCCCCAAGGGGAGCUGGACUGGUUCAAGCUGAACCUCGAGACCAACCCUCUCGGCGGCAAAUGCAACCGUGGCAUGUCUGUGCCCGACUCCGUCUCGAUCCUCGUCGGCGAAAAGCUCAACGAAGAGCAAUACUUUCAGGCCGCGACCCUGGGCUGGAUGACGGAGCUCCUGCAGGCCUUUUUCCUCGUCUCGGACGACAUCAUGGACGGCAGCAUCACCCGCCGCGGCAAGCCCUGCUGGUACCGCCAGGACGGCGUCGGCAUGAUUGCCAUCAACGACGCCUUUAUGCUCGAGUCGGUCAUCUACACGCUGCUGAAAAAGUACUUUCGCUCGCACCCGGCCUACAUUGACCUCGUCGAGCUGUUCCACGAGACAACGUUGCAGACGGAGCUGGGCCAGCUGUGCGACCUCUUGACCGCGCCCGAGGACAAGGUCAACCUCGACAACUUUUCCAUGGAAAAGUACCAAUUUAUUGUCAUUUACAAGACGGCCUACUACUCCUUUUACCUUCCCGUCGCCCUCGCCCUGUACCAACUCAACCUCGCCACCCCGGCCAACCUGAAGCAGGCCGAGUCCAUCCUCAUCCCGCUCGGCGAGUACUUUCAGGUCCAGGACGACUACCUCGACAACUUUGGCCUGCCCGAGCACAUUGGCAAGAUUGGCACCGACAUCAAGGACAACAAGUGCUCCUGGCUCGUCAACAAGGCCCUCGAGAUUGCCACCCCCGAGCAGCGCAAGAUUCUCGAGGACAACUAUGGCCAAAAAGACGACGCUAAGGAGGCCAUUGUCAAGAAGCUCUACGACGACUUGAAGCUCAAGGACGUGUACCUCGAGUUUGAGGAGCGGCGCGCUCAGGAGAUUCGCGACAAUAUCGCCAAGAUUGAUGAGAGCCAGGGCCUCAAAAAGGAAGUCUUUGAAGUCUUUUUGAAUAAAGUCUACAAGCGCACCAAGUAA